UGCCAUAUUUUGCGGAAUAUCAUAUUAAGCCACAUAUUCACUACUGCCCCUCCAUCAACUUUUGACUCAUUCCCAAGUCCCAAAAUCUAAGCUCAACCAUCACAAUAUCGCCUACAAUAAAUAGUGCGAAAAUAGUGCGAAUUGGACCGCCAUGUCGCAAAAUAAACCCGCACGAGGCGGCGCUGCGGCUAAAGGCAAAAAAUCAAAUAAGUCAGGAACUGAGGACAAGAGGGAAGACGUUCUUCAAGCUGUGCUCAUAGCAGAUUCGUUCCAGACUCGUUUUCUCCCGUUCUCCCUAGAGAAGCCAAGAUGUCUUCUCCCACUUGCGAAUACACCUCUUAUCGAAUACACGCUCGAGUUUCUUGCCAUGAAUGGCGUACAGGAAGUCUUCAUAUACUGUGGCGCCCAUCAUGAUCAAAUCGAGCGAUACGUCCACGACUCGCGAUGGUCCCCUAACUCGAAGUCGUGUCCCUUCUCUAGCCUUGAAUUUAUCCGUGUUGCCGAUGCUAGGUCCAUAGGCGAUUUUCUUCGAGAUCUAGACAAGCGCAACAUCAUCGGAGGAGACUUCGUACUAGUACAUGGGGACCUGGUUUCCAAUAUCUCCCUUGAUGCGGCUUUGGCGGCGCACAGGGCUCGUCGAGAAGCGAAUCGAGACUCGUGUAUGACGCUGGUGCUGCGGGAGGCUGGCGAAGGGGAUCACAACACCAAAACCAAGGGAAUAACACCGGCAUUUAUAAUCGAUCCUAACGCCAAGAGAUGCCUACACUACGAAGAGAUACAUCCGUUACAGACCGAUCAUUAUCUUACCCUUGACCCAAGCAUACUCGAGAAUCGCGAAGCGGAGGCGCGCACAGACCUGAUCGAUGCCGAGAUUGAUAUAUGCACGCCGGAUGUUCUCGCCUUAUGGUCCGAAAGCUUUGACUACGAGCUCCCCCGAGCCAAUUUCCUCCACGGUGUGCUGAAGGACUGGGAGCUGAACGGGAAGAUGAUUCACACAGAAAUUGUGAAUGAAGGCUACAGCGCGCGAGUUAGGAAUCUUCAGAUGUACGAUGCGAUUAGCCAGGAUGUAUUGAGUGGCUGGACAUAUCCAUUCACGCCUGAAUGCAAUCUCUUACCGGGACAGUCCUAUCAAACUCAAAGCGACAACGUGUACCAGGAGGACGACGUUGAAAUCGAGUCUAAAAGCGAAGUAUUUAACUCAAUUAUCGGAAAGGAUACUCAUAUUGGGCCAGGAAGUAUCGUACAAAAUAGUAUUAUUGGUCGGAAUUGCAAGAUCGGCAGCAACGUUCGAAUUAACAACAGCUUCAUAUGGGGUGAUACUACGGUCCACGACGAGGCCGUAGUGGAGCACGCCAUCAUAGCCGAGAAGGCAGUAUUGGGUAAAAAGGCUGUAGUCCAUGAAGGCGCGCUUGUAUCGUUUGGAGUUCAAUUGGGUGACGAGACAGAUGUCAAAUCUGCUACGAUGUUAUCCCUUCUUUCUCAUAAUGGACAGCUCGCAUCACCACAGCCUGAAUUCGUUGGUUCUGGUGGCAAGGGGGCGCUGCUUGAGGAUCUCGAGGAUGACGAAACGGAUGUUGAUGACCCGUCGAGACUGCAAAAAUCACUUAUAUACUCUCUGGAAGAUCUUGACCUUUCCGAUUCUUCUGUCUCGACUCUUGCGGACGACGACGAUUUGUCUGACGACGAGUCAGGUCCGGUAUCACCCAAUGCCAGCCAGCCUACUUCGAGAUCUCGGCUCUCUUCUUUUGCUUCCGAUGAUUCAGGGGCACCGACGUUUUCCUCUUUUCAUUCUGACGCCGUCCAUGGGUUACUGGAUGUUCUCCGCGGGACAUCGGGUAACUUUGAAUCUGAGAAGCUCGAAUUCAUGUCAUUACGGCUUGCUAAUAACGCAUCCGACGCCGCUAUGAGGAAGGCAGUUGCGACGGCCUUUGUUCGGCGCGCGGUCGAGCUUAUAACUUCGGAGAAUGACGCAUUGGAACCAUCAAAGGCUGCUAAGCAAGUACUCACCUCACGGGCAGGCGCUACAGGUUUCGUCUCGGAGGUUGGAGUUGGUGAUCAUUCCGUAUCGGAACAAGUCGAAUUUGCGCUAGCAGUUCAGAAAGCAUGCGUAAGCAGUUCCAGAUUUGUUGAAGUUGCCAAAACUGGAAACCUCCUGGCUGCUAUGCUGCAGCAGAUGUACGAUCUUGACAUUCUGGAGGAAGAAGGUAUCCUAGCCUGGUGGGAAGACGACAGGGGUAAGGAGGAAGGCUUGAUGUUAGACGUACGGGAGAAAUGCCAGCCACUAGUUGAGUGGCUUGAAAACGCCGACGAGGAAAGCGAUGAGGAGGAGGAUGACGACGAUGAUGAUGAGUGAUGCACAUAAUCAUAACACCUUGCGAGACGAAUUCGACCAAAUGUUCAUCCUUUUCAUCUUCACGCAGAGAUACCUUAAUAGCGCUAACGGUAUGCUAUACUGAGCGACGAGGUUCUGAUGCAAGAACUGCCCGCCGCCCUCACCACCAUUAAAUUGGCUUUGGAUGUAAUCACGAAUCCUAUGGGGACAUAUUCUGGGGCUCAUCAGGAGCAAUGCUACCUAGAAAGGGUUCAUAAAAGAUAUAGGAUUGUGUCAAUGUACAUGGGUAGAAUGAUUCGCAGCUAACUGCUAUUAGCGAAGAUAGUAAGGGGUUGGCAUAGGGCUCUCUUCUAUCAUGUGCAUAGAUCGAUCCAUAGUGAAUAGAAUAGUAAAAUUGCAUCCGGGUGUCUCAGAA